GCGCUCCAGCCAGCCAUAAAACCGUGCGCUCUCACGCAGGCGUGCCAAAGUGGCUGUCAGAUGCGAUUUGGAGUAACAAGUGGAUUCUUAGCUUUUCCUCAGCAUCGCGCCUGGAAACACUUUUGAGCCCCGUGCCGGACCUAGAUCAUGGACUCAGAUACAAGCCGCGUGUCGAGCAGACCAUCAUCUCCCGAGGUAGACGACAUCUUUCUGGCCACCCUGAAGAAAUCCGUGCACGGCUUCUCCGGAGCCGUGUCCUCCACACAGAGCGACUCUCCAGACAUCUCCAGCCUGCGCGGCCUCUCCGCCUCCGACGAGGAGCUCGCGCUCCGGCUUGCCAAGAAAGACCGUAAACUCCUGUCAGAGGGCGAGCUGCAGUCCAUCCGCCUCAAGAUUAACAGCCGCGAGAGGAAAAGGAUGCACGACCUCAACGUGGCCAUGGACGGGCUCCGGGAGGUCAUGCCCUACGCGCACGGACCAUCUGUGCGUAAACUCUCCAAAAUCGCCACCCUGCUGCUGGCUAGAAACUACAUCCUGAUGCUGAGCAACUCACUGGAGGAGAUGAAGCGGCUGGUGAGCGAGAUCUACGGCAGCAGCGGACACCACGGCGGCUUCCACCCAUCAGCCUGCGGGACUAUGACACACGCGGGACCCGUGCCAGGACACCCGGCGGCUUCUCACGCCCCACACCCGGCGGUGCACCACCCGCUCCUCCCGCCAGCAGUCUCGACCGCUUCUCUGUCCGCGCCCGGCAUCGCCGCCGUCACUUCGGUCAGACCCCAUCACGGACUCCUCAAAGCGCCCGCUGCCAGCGCAGGGCCGCUGGGCAGCAGUUUCCAGCACUGGGGCGUCGGCACCGGGAUGCCUUGUCCGUGCAGCAUGUGCCAAGUCCCGCCUCCGCAUGUUUCCAGCAUGAGCACCGUCACCAUGCCGCGGCUGGCCAGCGACUCCAAGUGACUCCAAACCGAACGGAGACGAACUUUUUGGGGCUGUCACAGACUCUCCCUCCCUGUCCACGUUAUCACUCUUUUUAUUUAUCUUUGUUGCGUCAACGGAGCCUGUAAAGACACUGAUGAUUCUCCUCACAGACUUUGAUGGUUUUGCAACUAACUUAGUGUUUUAUGGUAAUUAACCUCAACUGUAACAGUUGUUUUCUUCACAGAGCUCCAAAAGCACAAAGUUCAGCUCAUCACUGAGCUCUUCUGGCCCACGCAGGCGCCUUUGUGUCUCUACAGUUAUUUAAAGAUCAGUUUUAAUUUCUGGUGUGUGGGCCUGCGGGAGGAAAGAGGGCCCAAAUCAAACCACAAAUAUAGAGUGUAAAUAUGUAGAUGGAUUAGUCUGUUUAAAUAGUGGGAGAUAUUAUAUAUUAGAGUCUUGUUAAUGUGUGGGGAGACCCCCCUCCACCCCGCACACGUUGCACCUGCUUUAUUCUAUCCGUCUUCUUCAUUCAAUGCUUCUUCAUUAUUUUCUCUCUCAGUAGGCUGUUCUUCUCUGUCCGACGUGAACAAUGACCACUUCUUUAUUUUUUUAAAUACAAAAAAAAAAAAAAGAAAAUGAUAUUUAUUUACUUAUUUUGGAUUUCAGAUGAAUGUCUGAUCAUGUUGGGGUUUGAAAUG